UCCGUAAAAUUUCAUUAUCUAGUGUAACAUCCAUACCCAGAGCUCGUAUAUAUGUAUACAUAUAUAUAUACAUACAUAAAUAUAUAAGUACCUGUAAAAAAGAAAAAAAACAUCUUACUCCCGCCUAUAACCUCCUCCAAUCCUCAACUUUGACGCUACUACAGGACACCCUUCCUCCUCCACUCUAAAACUCAGACUUGUCUUCUCUCUUUCCUUUACCUCUACUCCCCCCCUCAUAUAAGAAUCAGUGCAUGCCGAGUACGGGAACCAGUGCUAAACGGAUUGUGAUUCUGUGCAGACUAUUUUUGUUUGUGAAUUACCUGUCAAAUGACAGUUUAUAUAAAUAUAUUUUUUAUACUUUAAUAAUUAUUAGUGGUUGUGAUUGCUAUAAAAUGUCUGUUACGGAUACGGUGGAAGUAGACAAUUUUAAAAUAAUGGAGGCUAUUAUGAAGCGCGAUCAAAGGACUACGAGUCAUCGUGUUUUUAAUAAUUAUAAUAAUAAUAAUAUUAAUAAUUAUUAUUUUUAUGCUCUUGAUAAUUUACAUAGGACGUUUUGUAGAAAAUUUACACGAGUGUAUUUAUCUAAUCAAAGAAAUAUUUGUAGUAAUAGUAAUAAUAGUAAUAAUGUGGUAAAUAAUAAUAAUAAUAGUAAAAUUGAAAUUGGAAACAGUGUUGAUUGUGAUCCUAUUAGACAUAAUUUUAAUUGGAGAUUUAAAAAAAUAAUACGUCCUACCACGUGGUUAAAAUUUAUUUGUCUAUUGCUAGGGCUAGCAGGCCUACUGAUACUAUUUUUGAUAAUAUCAGUACAGGGUAAACCAACACCAUCAAUGGCUCUUCAUAAUCAACUUACAUCACCUCCUAAAUGGAUAAAUCCCUGUGGUGAGGCAGCUGAAAAUUCGGAUGGAUCGAUUUACAUGGAGCAAAUGAAGGACGAACAGUUACUAGCUACUGUUGUAUUACAAGCUAAAACUGCACUUGACCAUGCGCAACUUUUUUGUGAUCAAUAUGUCAAAGCAUCGUUCAGCUCGAGUAUGAAUUCAAUGCACUCGUCGUGGAAACAUUAUCGCUAUGAUUGGCUACCUGGUUUCGAGGAGAUACCCAAGCAGCUUGGCGAGAAAUUGUCUAAAGAAUAUUUAAACAAGCUUGAGGUGCGGAUGAUUGAUGAUGCAUUGUUAAAUACAUAUGAGUACAUGCAAAAAUUUGCAGUUGGCUUAGAGCAAAUAGCUUUUGAUCAGAAAAAUAACCAACUGGCCUUCCAGACACAGUUUGAAGAAACUGAACAUAAACUUCGUUCUGUUUUAUGUGAACUCCAAGUUGCAAUGAUGGAACGAGGAGUAAAUCAGCGUCCUGACGUAACACGUGACACAAUGUCUGAUGAAUUCCGUGCAAUGUCUUCAUCAGAUACUUACCGAAAUUUACGUGACUGGUUAAUUUUCCGUGACUAUAUGAAUGCAUUAGAAUACAUCGUACAAGUAUUCGAUCAUCUUAAAAAUAAUCUUGAGUCUUCUUGAGGAUGGCAAGGCGGAGUAAGUCGGCGUAAUAGAACAAGACGACGAUUUAUUCGUUACAACCAUUACAACAACAACAACGAGAACAGAAACAAGAACAUCAACAAUAAUAAUAAACGAGUAUUGAAUAUAAAUCGUCAAAUUGUAUUAUCACCAUUGUGAUUUUAUAUUUUUCUUACAUAUCAUUUUGCUUAAGCGAUAGUACUUAUUUUCGAUAAUAAAAAAAAUUUAUAAAUUUAAAAAAUUAAAUUAUAUGUAUUUUUAUUAAUCGAUUUUAAAAGUAAGAAAAAUAAUAAUUAUUAUUUUAAAAUUAAUAAUCGCCGACAUUCACCGCCGUAUGUUCAAUAAAUAUAUUAAUAUAAUUUAUUUAAUAAAUUAAUAGUAAUAUUUAUAAUUUUAAUUUAACACUCGCUUAUUACUGCACAUAUUUAAUAAUUAAAAAAAAAAUUUAAUCCAAAGAUUGAAUUAAAUUUUCCGAUGUAAAUAAAUCACCGCUAAGAUUGACAAAAAAAAUGUAUGUGCAUAAAAUACGAAAUGUACGAUUCUGCAAUUAAAUUGUAUAUUUUAUUUAAUUAACUAUUAUUUAGUGUAACUUUUUUUUUAGAUGAAAAUAUGUAAUUUUUAUAAUUAUUUAUAUAAACAUGUACAGUAUUUACUAGAUAAAAAAUAAUUGUCAAGUAACACGGAUAUUAAUUUUUGAUAAUAUUUAUUGAGUAACUUUUAAAUAAAUAAAUAAUUGAAUAAAUAAACCAAUUAUUAUUUUUAAUUUCGCAUGAUUAUUUAUUAUUACAGAUUUAUUUAUUUUUGUAAAAAGCUUUACAUACUCCGUGAUAAAAAGAAACAUCGAAUAUUUAUUGUAAUUACAUAAAAUUCUAUUUCCCUUUCGAUUAAAAAAAUAUAAAUUAAUUUAAUUGGAACUCAAUGACACUGCAGCAAUUUUUUUUUCGAAAAUUUGUAAUUUAAUUUUGAACUGACUACCUCUUAACAGUCAUGCUUGUUAUUUUUUUGACAUUAAUUUGAUAGGCGACUGUGGUUACGCACAACAAAAAAAUUUUUUUUUUUUCUUUUAUUGGAGUAGUGUCAUGAUUUACAUAUUUAUUUUAUAGAUAAAAAUGCUUGUAAUCGAGUUAGAUCAUUCCAUAAAAAAAUUUUAAUUUAUAAAAAUAUAUAUGUAUAAUUAUUGUUUAUUUUUAAAAAAAUAUCCAUUGUAUAAUAUUAAA